AAUUUAGAUUUGAAAAUUAUUUCUGGAAUAUCAACUGAUGGUGCACCUGAUAUGGUUGGUAAAGUAAAAGGAGUUAUACAAUUACUGAUCGAUAAAAUAGAAUCUACCAGAAAAACUAAUAAUUUCUGGAAAAGAGAUGAUUUAUUUAUAAUCCAUUAUUGA